GAUGGGGAUAAAUUCAGCAGCUGGGCGGCUUUUACAGCGAGAUGGUUGUUUCUAUUUAACGAAGGUCGACCUCCCAGAAAUAACCGGUCCCCACCCAGAAAAAAACGCUCCUCCGCCUCCCGGUUCUGACCAGAAUUCAGCGGUAACCUCGUGCCAGACUCUCUACGACCAAUCUCCCACUACAUCCUCGGGUGUUUAUUGGAUCGAUCCUGAUGGUGGAUCUCAGGUCAACGCUUUCGAGGCUUACUGUGACAUGGAGACUGAUGGAGGAGGCUGGACACUAGUAUGGAGCUAUUCCUUUACUAACUACGGUCACUUCGAUUAUGUUUCAAAUGCGAUCACUCCAAGACCAAAUUGGCUGGUUAAGGCCAAAGCGGAUGUUCCUGUCUCUACAAUACCUCCAUUAAAUGAAACAGACUACAACGCCGUGAACUUCUCACUCUGGAAACAACUCGGUAGACAAGUCCUCAUCAAAAGCAACAUAAACAACUGGUUGGUGUGUCAUUCAGAAAAUGGCAGCUUGGUUGAUUGGCAGGAAGGUGACAUCAACUGCACAAUCAUCAAAUACGUGGCUGAACCUAGUAAAUCAUCUCCAGCCCCUUCCAAAUUGUAUUUCCUUAACCAUGGACCGAUGUUCGCCCUGGGUGGUCUGUGGAGCAUCUAUUAUUAUUUUGAUGGUCACACGGGCCAAGAUUGGCCUACCCAUGAUCCUCUUGGAAGAAAUAUGGUCAACCAAAAGAAGAAUGUUGUCGAUCCACAUGGUAACAUUUUCAUUCGUGCCAAGUAGCUAAGACAAACAGCAACAAACUAACCAGCUCAUACAUUUUUCUCGCACAUAUCUUCAAGAAGUGAUUAACUUCUUCGCCCAAAACUACGUGGAAACCAAUGACGAAAACUUAUAAGCUAGAGACUGAUAGGGUCCUAUUUUGGUAGAAAUCUAAACUCUAAACUCUAAACUCUAUUAUUUUCGGUGAAAAGGUGUCGCUUCCAGAAGGAAGAACUUUGGAUCAGCUGAUUGUGGGGGCAGCAGGUUUAAGUCAAGUCAACGCAAAUAAGAUGAGCAUAAGCAAAGAGAGGGCUUGCUGCUCUCAUCGUGUUAAGACGCUAGAUCAACUUUCAGAAUUUUUUAUCUUCUCUGCACUCGAAUUGUAGAUAAUUCAAAUCACUUCGCGAAAUUUUGACUUGAUGAGGUUUUUGUCAAUAUUUCAGAGCCUUCGUAUAUCCAUUUUACUUGUUUUUGUACGUUUGUUUGUUUUCAAUAAUGUUCUAGAACAACGUUUCAGCUCUCAAUAUUUUAGUAUAUUACUCUUUUUACCGCUAAUGUUUACGAUACUCGUGAGAACUAAUGAACUAGAUUUUUUUAACUCAGAGACGUUUUACGUUAAUAAUCGAAAGCAACCUGGGAUUACUUUGGUUUUGCAUUACUUUUUACGCUCUGUGAGUUGUUUACAAAACUCGCGCCA